AUGUCUCCUCUCAUUGCAGACAAGCCCCUCCUUGGCCCACUCCUUGGCCUCAACACCUGGACCUUUGCCAUGGAAGCACUGCUGUACAUCCGCAGAACCCCCGCGCUUUCCAAAUACAAUGUCAGCUUCGACCCAGCCAUUGUCAAGAAGGAAAAGGCCGAAAAGCUGCCUGCUUAUGUUCAGUGGCCAGCAGACAACUUCAACAACUUGCUUGAGCAACCUACCCAGUUCUACGCUGUGUUGCUCGGUUUGACUGCUUUGGGUGUCAAGGACAAGAUUACUGUGCGUAUGGCAUGGGGUUACGUCGGUCUGAGAUUCAUUCACAGCAUGGUUCAUGUUACCACCAACAAUGUCCUGGUGCGCUUCCCAGUUUUUGCCGCCAGUUCGCUUGUCCUUGUGGGAUUGACAGCCAAGGCGGCCUGGGAGCUUCUCUUCUAA